AUGCUGCCCCGAGCUGCUGUCCGCGCGCUGCGCAUCCGGCCUGCAGUGGCCGCUCCUCGCAUCACAUCCAUUGCCUCGACCUCACCAUGGACACGCACAUAUGCCAAAGUCGGCAAGCCAAAAGACAACACCUGGAAACCAACGGAUCCCAUCAAGUUUGCUGAAGACAACAAAACUAGCCCAAACCCAACCAGCCCCUCAGAGCAGCCUGAAUUCGACUCGGCGGCGGCACCAGAGCGCAACACAACACCAUCACAGCCAUCAAGACCAGUAGAGAGCGCUACACAGGCCUCGAAAGAUGCAGGAAGCGACGCCGCCAUGGGCGAACAGGCGGAGAUGUCGGGCCCCAAGUCGCCCGCCGAAAACACAGAUCCCACCACCGAAAGCCCCGAGUCGCAGCAACCGCAAAAGCCAUUGCCCGACCUACGAUAUGGCAUUCCCUCUACUUUUGCCGAAGAGCAUGCCGAAGCCUCAGGAAAGGCAAAGAGGGACCCCAACGACCCCAACCAACUCCCCGACGAUGCAAUACCCGGCGCCGCGGGCGGUCGAGAGGGCGGUGGUGGCGGGGAGCUGCCCAAAUCUGCAUACGAGACCAGCACAGACAGGCGGCGGAAUCGCGUCGCAAACUGGUCCUACCUAGCAAUGCUGCUCUUCGGCACAACAGGCGCAGUCUUCAUGGGCAGAAAUUGGGAGAAUGAAGAGGAAGAAGCCGCACACAUAGACGCUCCCAACGGCUGGAGUCUAGGAGCCAUGUACGCCCGCGCCGCCGCUCGUAUCAACGGACAAAAAGCCUACUACACCGAACCCACCUUCCAGAAGCUACUACCAGACAAGGACAAGAUUCCAGGAGGAGCGCCCGAACUCACACUAGUCUUAAGUUUGGAAGAUCUCCUACUGCACUCAGAAUGGACCACCAAGCACGGCUAUAGGUUAGCAAAGCGACCUGGUCUCGACUACUUCCUGCGAUAUCUCAGCUCGCAGUACGAGCUUGUCAUCUUCACCUCCGUCAAGUCCAUGGACGCCGACCCCAUCAUCCGUAAACUCGAUCCCUUCCGCCUCGUAAUGUGGCCCCUCUUCCGCGAAGCCACACGCUUCGAGAAGGGCGAGUACAUCAAAGACCUCUCCUACCUCAACCGCGACCUUUCCAAAGUAAUCAUCCUCGACACUGACCCAGCCCACGUAAAACUCCAACCCGAAAACGCCAUCGUCAUGCCCAAAUGGAAAGGCGACCCCAACGACAAAGGCCUCGUAGCCAUGAUCCCCUUCCUCGAAUACCUCGCCAUGAUGUCCCAAACCGGCACCCCCAUCGACGUCCGCACAGUCCUUAAAUCAAUGCAAGGAAAGGACAUACCCGUUGAAUACGCCCGCCGCGAAGCAAAACUCCGCGAACAAUUCCAGCGCGACCUCGCUGAGCAAAAACGCAAAACAAAGGGCUCCGCCGGCGGCAUGUUCAUGAAGAGCCUCGGCCUCGACGCCGCUGCUAAACCGGGCAUGCAGCUCGGCGACCAGAAUAUCUCUCAGGGCAUGAAUGAGGGCAAGAUGAUGAUUGACAUGUACCGAGAGUUCAACAAGCAGAAUUAUAUGCACCUGGAGAAGCAGAUUCGUGAGAAUGGUGAGCAGUGGCUCAAGGAGAUGGCUGAGGAGGAGAAGAAGAUGCAGGAGGCUCAGCUCAAGGAUAUGAAGGCUGGUGCGUUUGGCUGGUUGGGCGCGCCGCAGUCGUCGGCUAUACCUUCGGCGGCGAGUGCACCAGAGGCGGCGGCUAGUCAUUCGCAAGGUGUAUCGCCGGAUCAAGUCAAAUAG